UACGCGUAGAGCACUAUCACUACUAAAAAUGAAACUUCUUCAUCGGGAUAUAAGCGAGAAAAACGGCUCAGGGGUUGUCAAUCUGAUUGCUGAGGAAGCAGAAGACAUGUGGCAUGCAUAUAACCUUGUAGCAGUCGGUGACAGUGUUCGGUCAACUACCAUUAGGAAAGUGCAAAGUGAAUCAGCAACUGGCUCAAGCACCAGCAGUCGUGUACGAACGACUCUGACGCUUUCAGUGGAAAGUACAGACCUUGAUACAGCUGCUUGUGUUUUGCGUGUCAAGGGCAGGAACAUCCAGGAAAAUCAAUAUGUUAGAAUGGGAGCAUACCAUACACUGGAUUUAGAAUUGAACAGGAAAUUCUCGUUGAGAAAGGAGUGCUGGGAUGUCGUUGCAUUGGACAGAUUGGAUGUUGCUUGUGAUCCUGCCAGAACAGCGGAUGUCGCCGUUGUUAUUAUGCAGGAAGGUCUUGCACAUGUCUGUUUGGUCACGUCCUCUAUGACUGUUGUAAAAACCAAAAUUGAAAUGAAUAUUCCACGGAAAAGAAGAGGGCACUGUGAGCAACAUGACAAGGCUUUGUUGCGUUUUUACGAUGCAAUAAUGCAGGGCAUUCUGAGACAUAUACGGUUUGAUGUUGUGAAAUGUGUUCUUGUUGCCAGUCCAGGUUUUGUGAAAGAACAAUGUUGUGACUACAUGUUUGCACAGGCUAUCAAGACAGACAACAGAACGUUUAUCGAAAACAAGGCAAAGUUUCUACAGGUUCACUCAUCAUCUGGACAUAAACAUUCAAUCAAAGAGGUGUUAUCUGAUCCAGCUGUGGCUGUCAAGUUAGCUGAUACGAAAGCAGCAGCAGAGGUGAGAGCACUGGAUGCAUUUUACGCAAUGCUACAAAAUGAACCAAAUCGAGCUUUUUAUGGAAUGAAACAUGUUGAAGCAGCAAAUGAACAAAAUGCGAUUGAAAUAUUGUUAAUUACUGAUGAUUUGUUUAGGUCAAGUGAGAUUGAAACAAGACGAAGAUAUGUUUCAUUGGUUGAGAGUGUUAAGGACAGCAGUGGUGAAGUUAGGAUCUUUUCAAGCCUGCAUGUGUCUGGAGAACAGUUGUGUCAGCUGUCUGGUGUGGCAGCUAUUUUGCGUUUUCCAUUACCUGAUAUUGGAGACGAUGAUGAGUCUGAUGAAGAUUAGCCUGUUCCUAUUCUUUUGACUAGAGUAACUGAAUGGAAGGAAAGAUAUGAUGGGUUUUCAAUUUACUGUAUUAUUUAAUAUUGUCUAUUAGAUAUGAGUAUAUUUCAUUCUAACGA